GCACGUACGGCAUCCACGUGAGGCGUCAAGUUUCAUGUUUGAAUGUGUCCUGCCCGUGUUUUCAUUUGAGCACCGGUCUGCUGCGAGAGGAGAUGUGUCUGUGCGGUUGUGGAGAGAGAAGUUUAUGAUAGAAGUUAGAGAAAGAGACAACAUGGUCAGCUGCAUCUUCAUCUGCAUUUCCUGCUCAUAAACAGAUCUGUACUGCUACUAAGGUGACCCGGGCAAGGCCGACUGAAUACGGUCCGCCAUGUUCUCCGACGCCCUAGAAGCAGCCGGGAGGGUAGAGGGCCUUCCACUGUCCUCCCCGCAGCCACUACCAGAGCUAACUGAAGAUGAGGGAGAGGCAUCGGUGGAGAGGGGACCAAAGAGACGCGGACGCUACCGGAAAAGCCUGCAGCUUUUAAAGCCCUUCAGGAUAACACACAAGCACCAGCACCCAGUCGAUAACGCCGGCCUCUUCUCAUUUAUGACUCUACACUGGCUCUCCCCGCUGGCACUGAAGGCCUACAAGGCGUCCAGCUUAUCUAUAGAUGAUGUGUGGGGACUGUCUUGCCAUGAAGCCUCUGAGAUCAACUGCCAAAGGCUUGAAGCUUUGUGGCAUGACGAGCUGAAAAGACGCGGGCGAGAGGGAGCCUCCCUGACAAGAGUCUUCUGGAGGUUCUGCCAAACACGCAUGCUGGUGGCCAUCUUCUCCCUCCUCCUCACAAUGGUGGCAGGCUUCGUCGGCCCCGCUCUCCUGGUCCGAGCUCUGCUAGAGUACACCCAGAGCUCAGUGAGCUGCGUGCCGUACGGCUUGUCUCUGGUAGCGGGGAUCUUCCUCAUGGAAUUGAUGCGCUCCUGGUCUAUGGCGCUCAUGUGGGCCGUCAACUACCGCACUGCAGCACGCCUCCGUGGGGCAGCUCUUACUUUUGCAUUCCACAAGAUCCUCCGCCUACGCAGCACGAAAGACAUCAGUGCGGGCGAGCUGAUCAACAUCUGCUCCAGUGACGGCCAGCGGCUGUAUGAAGCGGUGUCAGUGGGCUGCCUGCUGGCCGGGGGGCCUCUGGUGGGAAUACUGGGUCUGUCCUACACUGCGUUCUUCCUGGGCCCCACUGCUCUGCUGGGGUCAGCGAUUUUUAUCCUCUUCUACCCGACCAUGAUGCUCACAUCGAGGCUGACGGCGUAUUUCCGCAAGAAGUGUGUGGCGGUGACUGACCGGCGCGUGCGACUGAUGAACGAGAUUUUGGGCUGCAUAAAGUUCAUCAAGAUGUACUGUUGGGAAGAUGCCUUUGCACAGAAUAUCCACAAGGUUCGAUCAAAAGAGAGGGGGAUACUUGAAAGAGCCGGGGUCGUCCAGAGCCUCACAGUGGGUGUGGCUCCUAUCGUGGUGGUGAUAGCAAGCGUGUGCACUUUCACCCUACACAUGGCUUUGGGCUAUGACCUCACUGCAGCUCAGGCUUUCACCAUUGUUGCAGUUUUCAACUCCAUGACCUUUUCCCUAAAAGUCACACCAUUGGCUGUAAGGUCACUGUCAGAGGGAGCUGUCGCAGUCAAAAGAUUUGAGAGGCUCUUUAUGAUGGAUGACAGAGAGGUUGUUCUGGUCAAAAUGGAGGAUCCCAGCAAUGCGGUGGAAUUUCAGGACGCUACGCUGGCUUGGGAAAAGGCACGUCCUCCGCCUGCAAAGCCUAACCCGCCUCCCAAGAAGCGAGGCGGUAUGAAGCGUGUGCUGCGCAGGGAGAAGCUCAGCCUGUACAUCUCCACAGAGGACGGCAAAGGAAACAAGGAAGCUCCCAACGCACAGAGUCUCCUCACAAACAUGGAGCAGGAGAGUCCACAAAGCACCAUCUCCUCCACUCAGAGCAUACGACCUCCACUGCACAAGACCCUGCACCGCAUCGACCAGCGCAUUAAGAGGGGUUCACUAGUCGGUAUCUGUGGAGGUGUCGGUAGCGGAAAGAGCUCCCUUCUGUCAGCUCUACUGGGACAGAUGACCCUGUUAGACGGUAAUGUAGCUGUCAGUGGUGGCUUCGCUUACGUGGCACAACAAGCCUGGAUCCUCAAUGACUCACUGAAGGAGAACAUCCUGUUUGGAAACGAGUAUGACAGAGAAAAAUAUAAUGCCGUUCUGGAAGCCUGCUGCCUCCUCCCAGAUCUUGCAGAGCUCCCAUAUGGAGACAUGACUGAGAUCGGAGAGAGAGGCGCCAACCUGAGUGGAGGGCAGCGUCAGAGAGUGAGUCUGGCUCGUGCCCUCUACAGCGAGCGGCCCAUACUGCUGCUCGACGACCCUCUCAGCGCUGUGGAUGCUUGUGUGGGGUCCCAUGUCUUCCAUAAAGCUAUCAAGGGUGCAAAAACCAAAGGCAGGACAGUGCUGUUUGUAACCCACCAGCUGCAGUAUCUGCCUGAGUGUGACAGCGUAAUUCUGAUGAAGGACGGGCAGAUUGCCGAGCAUGGCACCCAUGCUCAGCUAAUGGGCAAAGAGCGUGACUAUGCCAGCCUAUUCAACAGCAUGCAACAGGAGAAUCUGGUGAAAGAGAAUUUGAAAAACAAACAGCAGAGGGCAGAUGCAGAAAAGGCUGACAGCUCUGCUGAUGCUGCCAAGGUCGGACCGAAGGUGGAGAGCAAGAAAGCGGAACAACUGAUGAAAGCUGAGGAGAAAGGCUCCGGCGCAGUCGCCUGGUCCGUGUACGGUGCCUACAUCAAAGCAGCAGGAGGUCCGAUAGUCUUCAUCAUCAAUGUCUUCCUCUUCCUCUCCACUACAGGCAGCAUAGCCUUCAGUAACUGGUGGCUGAGCUACUGGAUCAGGCAGGGCAGCGGGAACACAUCAUUAAUCUUGGAGAAUGAGACGAUGGCGAGUAACAGCAUGAGACUCAACCCUCACAUUCAGUACUAUUCAACUGUUUACGUCGGAUCAAUGGGGGCUGCUUUGCUGCUGAAGACGAUGAGAGGGCUGGUGUUUGUGAAGUGCACCGUGAAGGCUGCCUCCGUGCUCCACGACAAGCUGUUCCGCCGGCUCCUGCUCAGCCCCAUGCACUUUUUUGAUACGACGCCUCUGGGUCGUAUCCUGACCCGCUUCUCCAGAGACAUGGAUGAGGUUGAUGUACGUCUCACCAUGCAAGCUGAGAUGCUGCUACAGAACCUGACCCUGGUGCUGUUUUGCUUGGGAAUGGUUAGCAUUGUCUUCCCGUGGUUCCUGAUCUCCAUCCUACCCCUGGGAGCCUUUCUCAUGAUCGUCAAUCGUGUCUCCAGGGUUUUGAUUCGUGAGCUGAAGCGCCUGGAAAACAUCAGCCAAUCACCAUUCACCUCUCACAUCACCAGCAGUCUUCAGGGACUCUCCACCAUCCACGCCUAUGGAAGAGGGCAUGACUUUCUCCAAAGAUAUCAGGAAUUGCUGGACACCAACCAGGCUUCCAACUACCUCUUCAGCUGUGCUAUGCGUUGGCUGGCUGUCCGCCUCGACCUCAUCAGCAUCUCUCUUAUCACCGGUGUAGCACUUCUCAUUGUCUUCAUGCACAAUCAGAUACCUCCAGCCCAUGCAGGCCUCGCCAUAUCGUACGCAGUGCAGCUGACCGGCUUGUUUCAGUUCACCGUGCGGCUGCUCACAGAGACUGAGGCUCGGUUCACAUCAGUUGAGAGGAUCAAUCAUUAUAUAAAGAGUCUCGAGAGUGAAGCGCCUCGACAAAGUCCUGAGGCAGCCGCUCCUGCCCCCUCCUGGCCUCAGCGGGGAAACAUCACCUUCCAGGAUGUUGAGAUGCGUUAUCGUGAUGAUCUGCCGCUCGUGCUUAAAAAUCUGUCCUUUAACAUCCUGCCUGAAGAGACCAUCGGCAUUGUGGGACGCACAGGAUCAGGAAAGUCCUCUCUGGGUGUCGCUCUGUUCAGACUUGUGGAGCUGACCGGAGGCUCGAUUAUUAUUGACGGAAUCAAUAUUGCACAGAUUGGUCUGGAUGACCUACGGAGCAAGCUAGCCAUCAUUCCUCAAGAGCCGGUGCUCUUCAUCGGGACAGUCAGGACCAAUUUGGACCCCUGGGAUCAAUACUCUGAUUCACAAAUAUGGGAGGCUCUUGAGAAGACGCAUAUUAAAGAGAUGGUCAGCCAGCUGCCUCAUUCGCUCCACUCAGAGGUGACCGAGAACGGGGAGAACUUCUCGGUGGGAGAACGACAGCUGCUCUGUGUGGCCAGAGCUCUGCUGCGCAACAGCAAGAUUCUUAUAUUGGAUGAGGCAACAGCAGCCAUCGACACUGAGACAGAUCGUCUCAUCCAGGAGACCAUUCGCUGUGCAUUUGGCAGCUGCACCACCCUCAUCAUUGCCCAUCGUCUCAACACAGUGAUGAGCUGCAGCAGGGUCAUGGUCCUGGACAACGGCCAGAUUUUGGAGUUUGACAGUCCCGCUGCUUUGCUGGCAGACGAAAAGUCAAGAUUCAGAGCCAUGAUAGAAGCAGCCGAAAACCAAAGCAGAUGAAAGACUCCGGAGCUGAACUUUGGAUGUGAGCCCUGAUGCCACAAAAUAUUCAGUGGACGACCUGAAAUGCACAAAAAAACACAAUUAAUUCAGUCCUGCCAUGGUGUGAAAGUGAUGUUAAAAAAUACAGUGGCUCCUGCGAUGACUGCUCCGUGUAACAGUGUGUGUUUAUUUACAAACCAAAGAUCCAGGGACCAUGUUUCUGAGAGUCCCGUUAAAUCUCACUAUGCAAAGAAAGGUGUUAACGGCCUCCUGCUCUUUGCAGAGUUAUUUCCGGGAGGCCAAAUAAUUGACUGCAAGUAAAACAGAGCGACAACUUUGACAAUAGCACUUUAUAACCCAUGUGGACGCAUGCAAGGACAUGUGGUGCUGUCUUUUCCUCUGGGGGUCAGCUGAUCAGUGAGACUCCAAAUUAGUUUUAGUCAUUUUAUUUCCAUAACUUAAACCUCGCUGUGCAGGCAUUCACUGUUAAGAAUGUAUUAGUUUUGAUUAUUUAAUACAGUAUUUCUUUUCUUUUUUCUUAAAUCACCUAUUAACCAUUCCUAUUAGGCACUAUCUAAAAUGUGCUAAAAUGUUUCACUGGUUUAUUUUUGUUUUAUGCAUCUAGUUCUGAAUUAUAAUGCAGUCAUGUCAGUAAAUUAUUGCAGAUAUGAUAUGUGCCUAGAACUGUAAACAUUUCAGGUCAUAUAAUGGAGUUAGCCAUGCAAGCAUGCUUGUUUUUAGACUGCAUGCAAGUACUGUGUUUUUGGUAUGAGCCGAAGUUUUCCUACAUCCAAAUGCUGGAGUUUAAAAUCUGCACAUUUUACACCGAUGGUAAUGUUUUAUCAGCAAGAUAAUUGAACAAAUUAUGCUAUGCAGUUGCUGUUAAUGUUACAAACUAUGGUACAGUGUGUAAUGUGCAUCAAAGCUGAUACUGGGGAUUGUAAACUUCUGCCUUAUAAUCAAGUAUAUGCUGAACAAUCAUGAAGAGUGCAAUAUCUUUCUAUUGCAUUGAUGCAUUUUCAAGAUUGCCUUUGUACACUUGAGAUUGUAGUCUUUUUUAAAUGUUUGAUUUUUGUUAUUAAGGUUCUUGUUUUUCAAUAAAACAUAUUUUUUAUAUAU